GUGUCUUAAAUAUGGGAAAUUCUUAUGCCGGGCAGCUCAAGACAACACGCUUUGAAGAAGUGCUGCAUAAUUCUAUAGAGGCCUCACUCCGGUCAAAUAACCUAGUUCCCAGGCCAGUUUUUUCACAGCUGUAUUUAGAAGCGGAACAGCAGCUUUCGUCUCUUGAAGCAGGCAACAGAGUGGAUAAUGAGGAAGAGGAGGAGGAAGAAGAGGAAGAGGAGGAAGGUUCGGAAUCAAGCAGCCCUCCUAUCACUUAUCAGAUGAAACCACCUCCUGAAGGCUGUUGUACUACAGAUGGUUUCUGUCAGGCUGGUAAAGACUUGAGACUAGUAUCCAUUUUGAAUGAACAAAUUGAAGUGCCUUCAGGAUUUUUACUUGUUGGCGCAAAGUCACCAAACUUACCUGACCACCUUUUGGUGUGUGCUGUAGAUAAAAGAUUCUUACCCGAUGACCAUGGGCGUAAUGCUCUGCUAGGUUUCUCUGGCAAUUGCGUUGGCUGUGGCAAGAAAGGCUUCUGCUACUUUACUGAGUUUUCCAAUCACAUCAAUCUUAAGUUGACCACCCAGCCCAAGAAGCAGAAACACUUAAAGUAUUAUCUGGUCAGGAAUGCACAGGGAACCCUGACCAAAGGAUCUGCAAUUUGCUGGAAGGGGGCAGAGUUCAGAAGCCGGCAAUCCACCUCCAGCACUUGCUCCAACACAUUGUUCCAGCCUCCAGAGAAUACAAGCUCCACAGUCACUCCCAUGAACGAGAUGGUCCCAGCAGUACAUCCAGCGGUUCAAACUGGGAUGCAUCAGAUGGCUCCUGAUCACCUCCCGUCAACUGCAUGCUACCCAGUUUACAAUGGCAAAGACUCUCCCCAGCAAAACUCAGUGAAAAGCAAUUUAUCUUCCAUGACAAGACCAUCUGUAUUAGGCACUUUAACAAACCCAGGGCCUCCUAAAAAACGGCACAAAGGAUGGUCCCCAGAGUCUCCAUUGUCCAACGAUGCUUGGAAUUUGCAGCCCAACCCACAAAUUGCAAAUAGAAAUAAAAAUGAUGGAGGAGGAGGAGGAGGAGGGCUGUCCUGCUUACCUCAUGCUGCCUUGGUAGGACCAGCGUCUUCUCCGGUAGUGGCCUCUGGAGAGCCCGUUACCAUUCCUGAUAACUUGCUUAAAAUAUAUAAAGCCAAGCCGGUCAUAUUUAAAGGGCACGGAAACUUCCCCUAUCUUUGUGGCAACCUUAAUGAUGUCAUAGUGAGCCCUCUUUUGUAUACAUGUUACAAAAAUGCACAGUCUCUGUCUAGGGCUUAUGAGCAAUACGGAGCCUCUACAAUACAACCAAUUUCAGAGGAAAUGCAGCUCUUACUUACAGUCUAUUACCUUGUUCAACUUGCUUCGGACCAGGUGCCUUUGAUGGAGGACUUGGAACAGAUCUUCAUGCGUUCGUGGCGGGAGUCGCAUCUUUCUGAAAUCCGGCAGUAUCAACCGGCCAUUCCACAAGCUUUUCCGCUGGUUCCUGGCCCAAUUGCACCAGUGACGUCAGCUCAACUUCCCUGGUUAGCGGGGCUGGCAGCCAGCUCAUGCAAUGACAGCGUUCACAUCAUUGAAUGCAACUAUUCUCUAGCUGAGGGGCUCUCCGAAAUGUUCAAGAUGCUCAUUGAGGGAAAGCUAGUAAAGACCAACUAUGUGGUGAUCAUUUGCACUUGUAGAAACAGAACCAUUGACUCUUGCAUUGCUGUCACAGGGAAAUACCAAGCAAGGAUACUAUCUGAAAGCAUGUUCACUCCAGUGGAAUACCAGAAAGAAGUUAGUUAUGAACUAGUCACUGGGAAAGCAGAGGCUCUGGGGGCCUUCUUCAGUUCUCUCUGCCCAGAUGGCGACAUUGAUGUUUUGUUGGACAAAUUUUAUCAAGAAAAUCGAGCCCACAUUUCAUCAUCUCUUUCCACCUCAGUGAAUAAAACAGCAGCGCUGGAUGUAACUGGAACAGCUGUGUGUACAAGUUAUAACCUGGAACGGCAUCAGAUCCGCCCCUUCCAGCUGGCAGUGGCCCAGAAACUGCUCUCUCACGUUUGCUCCAUUGCAGACUCCAGCACCCAAAAUCUUGACCUGGGUUCCUUUGAGAAAGUGGAUUUUCUGAUAUGCGUCCCUCCUUCAGAAGUGACGUAUCAGCAAACGUUGCUCCAUCUCUGGCAUUCAGGUGUUUUGUUAGAGCUUGGCCUGGAGAAGGAGCACCUGACAAAGCAGAGGGUAGAACAAUACGUGGUAAAGCUCGACGCUGAGGCCCAGGCGAAGUUUAAAGCCUUUCUGCAAAACUCUAGGCAGAAUCCCCAUACGCUCUUUGUACUGAUCCAUGACCACGCUCACUGGGAUCUUGUGAGUGCAGUUCACAGCCUUUAUCCUCAGUCAGAUCCAGCCACGGGGCUCGUGGACAGACUGCUGAACUGUAGAGAGGUGAAAGAGGCUCCAAAUAUUGUGACCCUUCACGUGACUUCUUUCCCCUAUGCACUGCAGACGCAACACACCCGCAUCAGCCCUUAUAAUGAAAUCCACUGGCCUUCGUUAUACAACAAUGGUACGGACUUAUACCAUGAAAAUAAGAAGUACUAUGGAUUGUCUGAGUUCAUUGAAUCCACUCUGUCUGGACAUAGCCUUCCAUUACUUCGUUAUGACAGUUCUUUUGAAGCCAUGGUUAUGGCUUUGGGGAAGAGGUUUCCCAGGCUGCAUAGCGCGGUGAUUAGGACCUUUGUUCUCGUCCAGCACUACUCGGCAGCCAUGAUGGCGGUGUGCGGCUUGUCCCAGAUGAAGAAUUACACGACAGUUGAAACUCUAGAAAUCGCUCAGAACCUCAUCAAUUCCUCACGGCAGUGCCCAAGCGGACAUGGGCUGAUGGUAGUCUUGAGGAUUCCGUGCAUACCGUUGGCAGCGGUGGCCUAUGAACGCCUCAACCAUGUGAGGGAACGGCUAGCCCUCGAAGACCAUUUUGAAAUCAUCCUGGGGAAUCCCAACUCUGGAAUCACCAUAGGGAAGCACUUUGUGGAGCAGCUCAAGAUCUGGCAGAAAAUUGAAGAUGCUGAAUGGAGGCCUCAAACCUAUUUGGAACUGGAGGGUCUACCUUGCAUAUUGAUCUUUAGUGGAAUGGACCCACAAGGGGAGUCCCUCCCAAGGUCCUUGAGAUACUGCGACCUGCGCUUGAUAAAUUCCUCUUGCUUGGUAAGAACAGCCCUAGAGCAAGAGCUUGGCUUGGCAGCUUAUUUCGUCAGUUCUGAAAUCUCUGUGGAGAAAGGGGUGGCAGCAAAUGAUGUCCUGGAGAGUGACCCGGAGAAGCUAAGCAGUACUGAUAAUGAAGAUGAAGAAACAGUAACAGAAGGCUCAGUUUCAGAAAAGAGAAGCCCUGUCAAAAGGGAAAGGUCCAGCUCACAUGAUUCUGCGGCUUCCUCCGACUCUUCUAAAGCAUCAAGCACUGUGUUCUCUGGCGAAACAUCUCCUCCUUUAGCAACCACAGGGGAGGUAGGAAAGUCACCCCAUCAGGUCCUAAGCAGCACUACUGAAGACAGCGUGAACAACGCCGAAAAGCAAAGACUGAAAGUGGACAAAGAUUCAAAGCUGACCACGAAAACGGCUCAGGCUUCCAUCACAUCCUCGUCGCUGUCUCCUUUCUCGUCUUCCUCCGCCUCUUCCGCACCCACCCACAACUCUUUUGUCCUGCAGGCAUCUCAGUGCUCCAUGACCAAAGCCUCUCAGCAGCCCCCCAUCGUUUACCUGCCUAAAUUGGUGUAUGACAUUGUGACCUCGGCGGACAGCACAGGGCUUCCCAAGUCCUCGUCCCUCUUGCCGUAUCAUUCGGUCAUGUGGGCAAGUUCUUUCCGCCCUCUCCUGAGUAAAAUGAUGACCUGCACAGAGCAGUCUCUGUAUUAUCGCCAGUGGACGCUCCCCAAACCCAUCCACAUGGAUUACAACAAUCGGAACGAAGGCAGGAUGGACACCUUCCACCCCAGGAGGCUGUUGCUGAGUGGGCCGCCACAGAUAGGAAAGACAGGUGCCUAUUUGCAGUUCCUGAGUAUCUUGUCUAGAAUGCUGAUUCGAUUGACAGAAGUGGAUGUUUAUGAUGAAGAGGAAAUCAAUACUGAUCUCAAAGAAGAACCGGAGCAAUAUUAUCACCAGCCAGGGGAUGCAUGGCCUGAUCUAGAAACAUUCAAAAAGAUGCCUUUUGAUUACACUGUCCAUGAUCCAAAAUAUGAAGAUGCAAGUCUCAUUUGUUCAAGGAUCCAGGAAAUGAAAAGGGAAGAUAGAUCAACAAACAGAAAACAAGAGGACUUGUAUAUGCGCCGUCAGACUACUCGGAUGAGGUUAUCCAAAUAUGCUGCCUACAACACUUACCAUCACUGCGAACAGUGUCAUCAGUAUAUGGGCUUUAACCCCAGGUACCAGCUUUAUGAAUCCACCUUGCACGCUUUUGCCUUCUCCUAUUCUAUGCUUGGAGAGGAGAUUCAGCUGCACUUCAUCAUCCCAAAGUCCAAGGAGCAUCAUUUUGUCUUUAGCCAUCCAGGAAGACAGCUGGAGAGUAUGCGAUUGCCUCUUGUCACAGAUAAGAGCCAGGACUACAUAAAGAGCCCUACUUUUACUCCCACAACUGGACGUCACGAACAUGGACUUUUUAACCUCUACCACGCCAUGGAUGGGGCCAGCCAUUUGCAUGUCCUGGUAGUCAAAGAAUAUGAAAUGGCAAUAUAUAAAAAAUAUUGGCCCAAUCACAUAAUGCUUGUUCUGCCAAGUAUUUUCAACAGUGCUGGAGUGGGUGCUGCUCAUUUCCUAAUAAAAGAGUUGUCUUACCAUAAUCUGGAACUUGAACGAAAUCGGCAAGAGGAACUAGGGAUAAAGCCCCAAGAUAUCUGGCCUUUCAUUGUCAUUUCUGAUGACUCCUGUGUAAUGUGGAACGCUGUAGAAAUUGAUUGCUCCGGUGACAGAAAAAGUGAAUACACAUGGACUGAGAGGAAUAUUUCCUUGAAGCAAAUUCUGCAGCAUAUUGAAUCCACUCCAAAUAUCAUCCACUAUGCCUUGAUUGGGAUGAGGAAGUGGUCAAGCAAAACCAAUAGUGGAGAAAUCAAGGAGCCGUUCUCUUGCUGCCAUGCUCAUGACUUCAUCAUGCUGAAUGUGGACCUGACGCAGAACGUGCAGUAUAACCAAAACAGAUUUACGUGUGAUGACGUGGACUUCAACCUGCGUGCCCACAGUGCGGGCCUCCUGAUCUGUCGGUUCAAUCGAUUCAGCGUCAUGAAGAAGCAAAUUGCAGUGGGUGGGCAAAGGUCUUUUCAUAUUAAGUCAAAGGUGUCAGAUAAUCCAGUUACUAUUGCCCCAGCUCAAUACAUAUGUGCCCCUGACUGCAAGCAUACGUUCUUGGCUGCACCUGCUCAGCUGCUGCUUGAAAAAUACCUCCAGUAUCACAGCCAUCGUUUCUUCCCUCUCUCACUGAAGAAUUAUAGCCAUCCAGUGCUAUCUGUGGACUGUUACCUUAACUUAGGAUCACAGAGUGCAGUUUGCUACGUCAGCUCCCGACCUCAUUCUCUGAACAUUAGCUGCUCUGAUAUGAUAUUCAGUGGACUCCUGCUAUACCUCUGUGAUUCCUUUGUUGCGGCCAGCUUCUUGAAGAAGUUCCAGUUUCUGAAAGGUGCCACCUUAUGUGUCAUUUGCCAAGACAGGAACUCACUACGCCAAACCGUUGUCCGACUGGAACUGGAAGAUGAGUGGCAAUUCCGAUUGAGAGACGAGUUCCAAACAGCCAAUGCCAAAGAAGACAAGCCCUUGUUCUUUCUGACCGGACGACAUAUUUGAUGGGCAAUGCUCAGAAAUGUGAACAUGGCAGAGGAAGCUAGCUGCUUCCUGACCAAGUGAAGCAUUGCCAAACAGAGAAAUAAACAGACCGAACUGUUCAGACGAUGUCGCGACAACAGCUAUUACGUAGGCAAUUUUGAAAUAUUUGUAUUAAAGUUAUAUUUUAUUUGAGCAAUUUAUGUUUAUAAUGCCAAACAAUGUUAGUAAUUUUUUAAUAAUUUAAUGAGCUUGAGGAAAUAACUCUUGCUAUCUUGGGGUGAGUAGGGGGUGGGAUUUGAGCCAGUUGCUUGAGUUGUUUGAAGCAUCUCAGCCCUUCUGUUUGUUGUUGUAUAUAUAUUAUACAAAUUGUUUCAAAACUAAAAUCUCGUGGUAUAGUUCGAAAUUCAGAAGUAGUUCUUUCCUCCCACGUUUUUGUUAACCUUAGAAGCCAGUAUAUCAAAAAUGUUAAAUUCUUAGUAUAUUGCUACUGAUUAGUAAAGAUAGCUAUGUGUAGCUGUUUUGUGCAGAGGGCUAAAGGCAAAACCAACUGAGAAGUUGUUCAGUGCAAGCUCCAUUUAAAUGGAUGGGGAGGUAUGCAAGAACGUAAUAGUGCACAUUCAUUUCAAUGGGGUUUGCACAGGAGAACCUCCCCAGUGGAUCAUGCCUUAUAUUUCUAUUUUAACGGGAACUGACUUUUCGUCUUAACCUCACAACUGCUGGCUGCUCUGCAUAGUUUUUAAGAUGCAGAAAUUUGUAAGAUGUAGAAAUGUAAUUACAGUGACCUUUUCUGAUUUAUUGAGAACAUUUGAAUGUUGGUGAUCUGAUUUUUUUUUUUAAAAAGCCUGGGCAUUUCAGGAGCCAAGGAGCCUAAAUGAAUGGGUGAUUAGCUCAAGCAAGUGUUGAC